AUGAUACAGACGAUCCUGAAACGACUACCCACUCUAUCAAAUUCCCUCGCUGGACCAUCCAGACAAUCCGUACGACAAUGUUCCUCAUGUCCCCCUCCCUCGUCUGCUUCUUUCACCUCAUCACUAGUUAGACCCACCUUGUUAUCCCAAAUACCAAGUAUAACAUCCACGACUAAAUCGACGAUAAGUAGGGCACAGCCUUUAGUAAUGCAAGUGAGAGGUAUGAAGGUGAGGAGUAGUGUCAAGAGGUUCUGUGAUGGAUGUUCAGUCGUGAGGAGGAAAGGAAGAAUAUACGUUAUCUGUUCGAAGAACCCUAAACAUAAACAACGUCAAGGAUAG